AUGAGUCCUCUCGAAGCGCGACGUAGCCGGAAGCUGCUGGCGGCUGGUGGGGGAAUCUGAGCACCCAGUCCAGCUUGGCAACUCGGCCGGACCCGACGCCCUGAGGGCAGCAGCCUAGCGAUUACGCGGAUCUAAGUGGUCACUCGGCGAUCUCGGGCGCAGACCGGUUCUGCAUAGCCCAGUUACCCGGGAAAGGGCCGCUACCCUUCACUUCGAAAGAAGAUUCUGUCCAGAGGUGCCAGGAAGCCACACUCCCUAGCCUCAGCUUGUUGAUCAUUUUCCUUCUUGGCCUUUGAAUACCAUGGCCAGCCCAAGAACCAGAAAAGUACUUAAAGAAGUCAGAGCACAGGAUGAGAACAAUGUUUGCUUUGAGUGUGGUGCAUUCAAUCCUCAGUGGGUCAGCGUGACUUAUGGCAUCUGGAUCUGCCUGGAAUGCUCUGGGAGACACCGUGGGCUUGGGGUGCACCUCAGCUUUGUACGCUCUGUUACAAUGGACAAAUGGAAGGACAUCGAGCUUGAGAAGAUGAAGGCUGGUGGGAAUGCUAAGUUCCGAGAAUUCCUGGAGGCACAGGAGGACUAUGAGCCUAACUGGUCCUUGCAGGACAAGUAUAGCAGCAGAGCCGCAGCACUCUUUAGGGAUAAGGUGGCUACUUUGGCAGAAGGUAGAGAGUGGUCUCUGGAGUCAUCGCCUGCACAGAACUGGACCCCACCUCAGCCCAAGAUGCUGCAGUCCACUGCCCACCGACCCUCUGGCCAGCCACAGAAUGUGACUGCCUCUGGGGACAAGGCUUUUGAAGACUGGCUGAAUGAUGACCUGGGCUCCUAUCAGGGGGCUCAGGAGAAUCGCUAUGUAGGGUUUGGGAACACAGUGCCACCUCAGAAGAGAGAAGACGACUUCCUCAACAAUGCCAUGUCAUCCCUGUACUCGGGCUGGAGCAGUUUUACCACUGGGGCGAGCAAGUUUGCUUCUGCAGCGAAGGAGGGUGCUACAAAAUUUGGAUCCCAAGCAAGUCAAAAGGCUUCGGAGUUGGGCCACAGCCUGAAUGAGAAUGUUCUCAAGCCUGCACAGGAGAAGGUGAAGGAGGGAAGGAUUUUUGAUGAUGUGUCCAGUGGGGUCUCUCAGUUGGCAUCCAAGGUCCAGGGAGUUGGCAGCAAGGGAUGGCGUGAUGUUACUACUUUCUUUUCUGGGAAAGCCGAAGACACAUCGGACAGACCCUUAGAGGGCCACAGCUACCAAAACAGCAGUGGAGACAACUCCCAGAACAGCACCAUAGACCAGAGCUUCUGGGAGACCUUCGGGAGUGCCGAGCCCCCCAAGGCCAAGUCCCCAAGCAGUGACAGCUGGACCUACGCAGAUGCCUCAACAGGGAGGAGGAGCUCGGACAGCUGGGAUGUUUGGGGCUCGGGUUCUGCAUCCAACAACAAGAACAGCAAUAGUGAUGGCUGGGAGAGCUGGGAGGGAGCCAGUGGGGAGGUCAGGGCAAAGGCCACCAAGAAGGCUGCCCCAUCUACAGCCACUGAUGAGGGCUGGGACAACCAGAACUGGUAGGAGCCUUGCUGCAUCCUGGCCCCAGCUCUGCUGGGAGACUGCUGUGUUUGCACUUUACCCUUCUUGUUCCUCCUUCAUUUGACCUCAGUGUGAAGACAGUGUGGCUCAGGCAGGACUUGAGUCGGUGCUGCCUGCCUGGUGUGGGGUGGCUUUCUCUUAGGCCUCAGAGGACAUGUUAUCCAUCUGCCUCUUGGGUCCUCUGAGCAGCCUUCCUGAACUCUGGGGUCUUGGGACCCAGGCACUAUCUCUGCAGCCAUGGCACAGCCUGGAACUGCAGUCCUGUGCAAUGUCAGCCA